AUGGGCUCUGUACUGCACUAUAUCAAGGCGCCGAUGUUGGCGUCAAGCACCGCCCUGCCUCGGUACACGUCAUGCGCCGGAUGUCUCGUUCGACCUUCGCCAGCGCUCCCCCUCGCUCCACAAAGCUCGUCUUUGUCGCUCGGCUUGUCUGAACUUGUCCCUGAGCUUCCGUGGGACCAACUCUCCUAUUCCCACCAUAGCGGAGCAGGAACCGUCACUGCCAAGUAUGUACAUAAGGACAGCGUAAUGGUCCGCCCAGCCGCCGGCGUAGUGGGGUGGUCUGGGACUUGUGUGUCCGGCAUUCGUUACUCAUGUGCUGCUGUUCAAAGCCCAUCAGCCUCCUCUUUUUUCUUGGCUACCUUCCUUCUCUUUGGCUGCUUCGAACACCGCGACCGGUCCCAUUCAGGCAGGUCUCCUCUUGACAAACUCGUCCAGGUCCUGCACCGUUGCGACGCCGAGCACGAAGCGCCUAUUCUCGUCGGUGAUGACGGCAAACUCCUGCUUCCACUCGCCGCCGGAGACGCCGCCGCGGAAGAAGUCCUCGAGGUCCUCGAGGGGCGUGUCCAUGGUGAUGACGCGGUAGGCGCGGCCGCGGCGCUGGAAGCGCGUCAUGGCGGCGCGGAGGGGGUCGUCGGGCUUGACGCGGCCGGCGUCGAGGAGCGCCUGCAGGUGCGGGAUGGAGAUGUAGCCGAGGAGGGCGCGCGUCUGCGAGUCGACGACGGUGAGGUGCGUGUAGUCGCGCUCAAAGGCGGAGAGGAGGGCGAGGGAAAUGGCGUCGGAGGGGUUGAGGGAGAGGGCGGCGGGGGGGUCGAGGUCCUCGACGGUGGCCUGUUUCCGAGUCCGUGUCAGCAGCCAGGCGGUUCUUUUAUUCCAUCAUCCCACGCCAGCGGCAUGUUUCAUUCACAGAGAGUUGAGGAGGGGUAG